AUUCCAGCUGCUCACUGCACUAUGCCCAAAUUUUUGGAAGCAAAUAUGUUCUACGUCAAACUUGGAUUGCACAACCGCAGUGCUCCAUCCGAACACACUCAAGUGCACGAGGUUGUAGAGGUGAUUCUUCAUCCGGAAUUCAAUGAGCAGAUUUAUCAUCACGACAUUGCUUUAUUACGAUUGGAAGAUGACAUCGAAUACACCGACUACAUCCAGCCGAUUUGUUUGUGGUCUGUACAGAAAGCUGAAAUCGAUAACACGAUCAACUCCCCCGGAUCGGUUGCCGGUUGGGGAACAGGUGAUUUCGGCCAAAAGACGGGCAUGGACAUUCUUCAAUUUGUAUCUUUACAAUUAGAAGACCGUAAAACCUGCAUAAAAAGCAAUGAAAAGCAUUACAAAAAGUAUCUGUCAGAUGAUGGAAGUCAAUUUUGCGCUGGAAAUAAAAACACGUCGAAUGUUUGUGACGGUGAUAGCGGAGGAGGAAUAUUUUUCAAACUAGGAUCAUCUUGGUACAUCAGAGGCUUAGUGAGUAGUGGAGUGAAAUCUGAUAAAGAUAAUCACUGCGACCCCACGCAAUACGCCAUUUUUUCCGAUGUACCGUUCUACUUGAAGUGGAUCAACAGUCAUCAGGACAAAGCUAAGCAGAAGAAUUUGUUAAACUUAGGAAAUUGUGGCCUCGACUCGUAUGAUUUGAAGGUGGAAGAGAAUAAAAAACUUCUAUUUUUACAAUACCCAUGGACAGCCAUACUGGAAUUUCAAGUAACGGGCACGUCACGCGUAGUGGCUAUGUGUAAUGGCGCCUUGAUACACCCACGCUACGUUUUGACAGUAGGGCAUUGUGUAGGCGAAGCAUCUAUGCGUUUAAAAUUAAAAUCGGUCCGCCUGGGAGAAUACAAUCUGGCAACAAAUCCGGACACGGAAACAAGAAAGCGUCAAAAAAUUACCACUCGCAUACAGUCGAUAGAUAUUUUAGAAUACAUCAAGCAUUCCAACUUCAACAAUCCACGAUACGGCAACAACCUUGCGAUCUUGAAACUCAAAUAUCCAGCGGACCUGACGAAGCCCAACGUGAAACCAAUAUGUCUGCCUGUCUUAAAUGAUGGCGGUAAUUAUACCAUUACUGGAUGGAAAAGAGUUGGUGGAAAUUCAACCAUUCUUCAACGCGAAAAAGUUUCGCUGGACAGUUUUGCGGACUGCCAGGUGAAAUACAGGAAGCUUAAAAUUUUACUAAAAAAUGACAACAAUUUACUGUGCGGCUCAUAUCACCUCGAGAAACAAAAGGAUUGUUCCUAUUUUAUGGGCGGAGCUCCCUUGCAGUACGUUAAAAACGUUGAUCGGAAGAAUCGAUAUUUCUUGAAAGGUAUUUACUCUGUCGGUUAUUCAUCAUGCGAAAAUAGCAUGUCAAAUAUGUUUAUGAAUGUUUUGAGCUACAACAACUGGAUAACCAGCGUGCUGAAAGAUGACCUUUAGCUAAUAUUUCAAAUAAACGAUAUAGUCCUAUUUGCCGCUGAUAGUGUUCGUGUUA